GUGUGAUCACGACGACCUAAGACUGCGCCAGCGUCGGCUGGUUAGAAUGAACGUCGAGUUUCAACGACGCCUAUAUUAGUUGCAACAUACCAGUGAAACUGACUGUUCAUUUCUAGAUGUCAGUUGUCGGGAUCAUACGAAUUUUCAUAACAAAACGUAAUAAUUUUUCCUGUUUAGCUAUUCAAAAUUGAAUCACUCUUUGUCUAUGUAAUAACGACGACUAAUUGAUCCUGUGGGGCGUAGAAGUUACAUUCUCUUUUGUAAAGAUGUAACUACAACAACCAUAACUCAGACAUCUCAUCACCCCUAACAGCCUUACCAAUAGGAUCAAUAUGUCCUGUCCUUUUCAACGUCCCUUCGGAACAUCAAAUGUUCAAAAUGGUGGUGCGGCUCUCAAACGAAGCUUCACUACUAAACAAAACUCGAUUCAAAUAAAUGACGACCAAUUCGAAGAAGAUAGAAAUACUCUCAACUUAAAGCAUUUAAACGAAGCAAUAUUGAUACUUACUUGUCCAACGAACGAAGCUGUCCAACAAGGUCUUGCUUCUUUAAUUGUGAAACAAUCUCCGGCAAAUCGUUAUAGGUACCGCUGCCUAGAUAGGUUACCGCAAAAUGUGAAAACUUGCUCUCACUACGCUUAUUUAGAUGAUCUUUAUGAUGUUGUUAAAUGUGAAAACGAUAUAGAUGUAAGCUUAUUUUUCGAUUCUCUUGGACAAGAAUUAAUAAUGUCUUCACUCACCGGUCGUACUGAACGGGCUUUUAUGUGUCUUGGUGGUAAUCUCAAAGAAUUUCUCACAACUUUGGAUGGUGUCUAUGAUGUGUUGAAGUAUCAAGAAAACGGUCGCGAAAACGGACAUGAAGCCGAAGCGUUUGUUUGUACAGUUAUCGAUGCCGACAAUUUACAAUUGGAUUUCACAACGGAAAAACCAGCAGUAGCUUACCUUUUUGUAGGAUGUUUGAAAGCAAUUGGAAGGAUAUUAUAUAAUACUCAAGUAGAGAUUGUACUCAACCAAGACAUAGUAGAUAAACGACAUUUCAGAUUCAAAAUCAGUUUGAAAUCACCGGCAACAAGAGCAUUAAUUUCGGAUAAACCUGCUCCAGAUUAUUCAAGCAGCAAAUUGCAGAUGGGCGUGAGUACGUUUUGCAAAGCUUUCCCGUGGCACUUCGUUUUAGAUCAUCGUCUAGAAUUUGUGCAAUUGGGUAGCGGAUUCAUGCGUCUUUUUGGCCAGUUUUUGAACACUUGUGGUGCGUCGGUAUCUACAUACUUCGAAUUUCAACGACCUCGUAAUAUUACUUUGUCUUUCAACGAAAUUGUAAAAAGGGCAAAUACGCCGUUCCUAUUAAGUAUUAAGAAAUUAUCUACCAAAGGGGAUUUCACGGCCGAGGAUCUAAAACUUAAAGGGCAAAUGGUGUUUUGUCCGGAAUCAAAUUCAAUUUUAUUUAUCGGUUCUCCCUUCAUCGAUGGACUUGAGGGUCUUACAGGAAGUGGACUUUUCAUCUCCGACAUUCCACUGCACGAUGCUACUCGAGAUGUAAUUUUAGUAGGGGAGCAAGCAAGAGCGCAGGAUGGUUUGAGAAGAAGAAUGGAUAAACUGAAGAGCUCUAUUGAAGAAGCCAAUAGAGCUGUUGAUAAAGAGAGAGAAAAGAACGUCAGUUUGUUACAUUUAAUAUUUCCACCAGAUAUUGCAAAGCGACUUUGGUUAGGUGAAACAAUUGAAGCGAAAACUUACGAAGAUGUCACAAUGUUAUUCAGCGAUAUAGUUGGGUUUACUUCAAUUUGUUCCACAGCGACACCGAUGAUGGUUAUCAACAUGCUCCAAAACCUGUAUAAUAAAUUCGACAUUUUUUGUGGACAAAUUGAUGUGUACAAGGUAGAAACUAUUGGCGACGCAUAUUGUGUUGCUGGUGGGCUACACAAGGAAACCAACACCCAUGCUCAACAGAUUGCUUGGAUGGCUCUAAAGAUGAUAGAGGUUUGUUCUUUGCAUCAAACUCACCAGGGCCAACCAAUUAAGAUGCGGAUUGGAAUUCAUACAGCUCCAGUUCUAGCUGGUGUUGUAGGAGUGAAAAUGCCUCGUUAUUGUAUGUUUGGACAUAAUGUGACUAUAGCAAAUAAAUUCGAAUCUACCAGCGAACCUCUCAAGAUUAAUAUCAGUCCUACAACGUUCGUACGAUUGAUUAGAGCUGGUGGUUUUAUAACUGAAGAACGUGACGUAACUUGUCUCCCUAAAGGGUUUCCCUCUCACAUACCCGGUACUUGUCACUUCCUUACUGGUUAUAAGCAUCAGGAUGUUGACGAAAAUGCUACUAUGGCUGAACAUAUCGAAGCUGGACUAUUGGAUAUCGGUUUAAAAUGGGAUCACACUUCUUAAGACUGGUUAAGAACUAGCAAUAAAAACUGCAAUAGCAAAUUUUUACAGUGUGGAAGUAAUAAUAAUGAAAAAUUAUUUUUAAGCUUUUUCUCCUACUUAUACCUCACUACUUUUUGGUAUUAUAUACUAUGUAAUAAUAAUUUAUUUCCAAGAAAAAAUAUACACUCGAAACACA